AUGGCUCAAAAUACGCAUCCAUUCUUACGUAUAGAAAUAUUAAAAUUUCAAGUAAGUAAUCAAAAACAAACAGUAGAUUUAACUAAAGUCAAAACAGAAAUUGAAAUCAAAGAAAAAAAUCUUUCGUCAUCACAAGCAUCACGAAUAAAAAAACCUGUUUAUAAUGAAAUAAAUCGAUGUAUUCGAUUUGAUGCUGGUUUAUUUAUUAAUAUUGAACGACAUAUUUCUAUUCGAAUUAUUCAUAAUGAUAUUUUAUAUAUAUUUGAAUCGGAUAUAAAAGCUCUACAAAAAUUAGCUGAUGGAUAUCGACAUCAAUAUAAUUUUACACCAAAAUCUCAAGCUGAAAUGAUUAUUGAAUAUAAAGAUCCGGCUAAUCGAACAGAUUCUCAGAUACAAAUAAAAAUGCAUGGACAACGUUAUGCAGAACGUUAUCAAACUAUUUAUAAACAUUUUGGUCAUAGAUUUGUUGCAAAAAUAUUUAAAACACCAACAUUUUGUUCGAUUUGUAGUGAUAUUCUAUGGGGUUUUACUUAUAAAGGUUUUCAAUGUCAACGAUGUGAUUGUGUUGUACAUAAAGAUUGUUACGAUCGUUGUGUACAUCCAUGUACAGGCAAAAAAUAUCCCGAUCUUGAAGUUACUAAACCUCAUAAAUUUGAACAUCAACCAUUUUCUUUACAAACAAUUUUUUGUGAUCAUGAUGGAAGUUUUAUUCGUCCUGGACAUGCAUAUAAAUGUUCUGAAUGUUUAAUAAUUGUUCAUCGACGAUGUCGAUCAAAAGUUGGAAAUUAUUGUGGAUGUCAAGGUACAUCUGCACAACUUUAUCAACAAUGGAAACAAAAUCAUAAAACAGAUGCAGAUGAUAAUUAUCAAUAUAAUGAAGAUUUAUAUGAAAUUUAUUCAAAUCUUGAUGAACUUAAUGAUAAAAAUAAUGCACAAGAAGUUAUUGGACGUAUAACAAAAACUUAUCGACCAAAUAUAACUGCAGGAUUUGAUUUAAAUGAAAUACAAUUCUUACGUGUAUUAGGUCGUGGAAUGACUGGAUCGGUAUAUUUAAUAAAACGUGGUGAAUCAUUUUAUGCAAUGAAAACUCUUCGUAAAAAUCUUGUAUUAGAAGGUCAAAAUCAUGGAUAUAUUCAAUCUGAACGAGAUAUAUUGACUCGUUGUCAAUCAAAUCCAUUUAUAAUUCAACUUUAUUAUGCAGUUCAAAAUUUUGAAAGACUUUUCUUUUUAAUGGAAGUUGCACGUGCUGGUAGUCUAUUUAAUCUUCUUGAACAUCAAGCACCAAAACCAUUUCGACAAGAACGAAUUAUUUUUUUAACUGGUGAAGUUACAUGUGCAUUAAUGUUUCUUCAUUCAAAACGUAUUGCUUAUCGUGAUCUUAAACCUGAAAAUAUCUUUAUUUUUGAUGAUGGACAUGUUAAACUUGGAGAUUUUGGUUUAGCAAAAGAAAAUAUUGAUGAAAAUCAUAAAACAAAAACAAUUUGUGGUACAGCUGAAUAUAUUGCUUAUGAAAUAUAUAAUAGAGAUUUUUAUGAUGAAAAUGUUGAUUGGUGGUCAUUAGGAAUUUUAAUUUAUGAAUUAUCAACAUUUCGUACACCAUUUUAUGCAAAUAAUAGUACUGAUAUAACACAAAAUGUUCUAUCAAAUCAAAUUAGUUAUCCUGAAACAAUGAAAGAUGAAGUUAAACAGAUUAUAUCUGGUUUACUUGAACGGGAUUCAAAAAUAAGAUUAGGAAAUAUUAAUUCUCCACAUGGUUUAUUAAAAGAUCAACCAUUUUUUCAAGAACCAUAUACAUUGAAUGCUAUUAAAAAUCGUCGUGUUCCUCCACCAUGGACUCCCAAUUCAUUAAUAUCAUUAAAAGCAUCAAUGAAAGUUCCACAAUUAUCUGAAAUUGAACAAAAAGAUGCCGUUUUAUUAUUAUCAACACCAUCAGAUACAUUUCGUGAUUUUUCAUAUAUCAGUCCAAAUGUUAUUACUUUUCUUUGA